AUGGCCGCCCCAACACGCCCUCCAGCAAAUGCUUUUGUCGCCAAAAUACGUAAAGUCUACAAUCCUAUCGGCUUCUCCAAGGGAUACAACUUCGUCUUGUGGUUCAUCUUUGCUGGCGCCAUGCUCGGCUUCUCUCUAGCACGCAUGAUGUUCCUCGACUACACAGGCGUCUACUGCAACCCCAACAGUCAAGGCGACGGAGCAGGUCCCGGUGAAUGUUUCUCCUACAAGAGCAAAGCUGUUUACCAAAUCGGAAUUAAGCUUCAUCUCUACACCAUCAUCCCUGCCAGUUUGCUUGUUGUGUUUCAGUUCGUACCAUUUAUCAGGUACAAAGCCCUUAUUGUGCAUCGCAUGAACGGGUAUAUUGUCACAAUACUUGCAAUCAUCGGGACUGUGGGCGCCAUCAUGAUUGCGCCGGUUGCCUUUGGUGGCUCGCUUAUGAUCAGAGGCUGGGUCGGAACUAUGUCAAUAAUGUUCGUUGGAUCUCUAUUCUUGGCGUUAUGGAAUAUCAAGACAUUGCAACUUGAGCAGCAUCGAGCUUGGAUGCUUCGAGCUUGGUUCUACGCUGGUUCCAUCAUCACCAUCCGCCUGAUCAUGAUCAUUUCCGCACUGGUCAUGUCUAAGAAUCCAACCUUCCAACAACCUAUGCUAUGCGACAAAAUUGCUACCUUUUACGACGACACAGAAUCCUUAGUAGCUAAAUAUCCUAAAUGUGAAGACUUGGAUGCCUGGGUAUCGGUGCAGGGCGACAUGGGCGGUGAAAGUCCUGAGAAUAUCUCUGCGGCGCUUUCGCUGGGUUUCUCACUUGGUAUCUGGAUGGCAUUGGCCAUUCACGCUAUUGGUGUAGAAGUCUAUCUUCAGUUGACACCUGCAGAAACGGAGCGUCUACGUAAGGUCUCCUAUCAGCGCCAGCUUGAGAGGGGAUUUAAGAACCCUGGAAGCAGUGGCCUUACAGCUGACCGACUUGGAGAUGCUGAGAAAUGGUCUCCGGGAAUUGAUGCUGUUGCUUGCCCGCCUGUGAAGCGAUUUGAAAGCGAUUCUUCAGUGCCUACCUCUUAG